GGCGGGGGCGCGCGGGCCGGGACGCGGCGGGAGCAUGGAGCCGCGGGCCGGCUGCCGGCUGCCGGUGCGGGUGGAGCAGGUCGUCAACGGCGCGCUGCUGGUCACCGUGAGCUGCGGCGGGCGCAGCUUCGCCGGGAUCCUGCUGGACUGCACGAAAAAGUCCGGCCUCUUUGGCCUGCCCCCAUUGGCUCCACUGCCACAGCCUGAAGACCCCCCUGUCAACGGCUGCAACGGCCCAGCCCCCCUGGAGCAGGACGGAGAGGCGAUGCAGCUGGGGACGGGCCCUCCGCCAGCACCCUGCGGGGACCAGGACCCCGAGACCACAGGCCCCAAGCCACCCCCGCCUUUCGUGCCACCGUUCCCGCCGUACUUUGAGGGCGCCCCCUUCCCUCCCCCACUCUGGCUGAGAAGCACCUACCGGCAGUGGGUACCGCAGCCGCCGCCCCGGGCCAUCAAGAGGACCCGCCGGCGCCUGUCCCGGAACCGUGAGCCCGGCCGGCUGGCCCUGAGCCCCAUCCGCCUGCGGCCGCGCCAAGUGCUCUGCGAGAAGUGCAAGAGCACCCUGACCCCCCCCGAGGCCGGCCCCGGCCCCCCAGCUGCCCCUCAGCCGCGCCGCAGGGCGGGCAGCGGCCCCGGCCCUGACACAGAGCCCCGCAAGCUCGUGGACCCUGACGGUGGAGGGGACAGCGCGGCCACCGCCAUGAGGAGGAGCAAGAGAGAGAAGAGGGAGGAGGACAAGGCCCGGGUGCCCCGGAGCCCGGCCAUCAAGAUCUCCUACAGCACGCCGCAGGGCACGGGCGAGGUGGUGGAGAUACCCCCCCGCGUGCACGGGUCCCUGGAGCCCUUCUGCCCCUCCCAGGCCCCACACGGGGGCGGCCAGGACCCCGCUGGGCCCCCCGCCUCCAUCCCCAAGCUAAAGCUGACGCGUCCCGGGCCCCCUGGCACUGGCCUGCCGCCCCCCAAGAUCCGCUUGAAGCCCCGGCCCCGGGGGUCAGGGGAGCGGGAGCCCGUGUACAGGGCCGAGCUGGUGGAGGCGCUCAAUGGCCACGGGCGGGGUCCCCGGGCCAGCUCCCCCGCUCUCCUCGGCCACAGCUCUGCCGGCCGUGGGCCCGUGGACUCUUCUUCCGGAAGCUCUGGCGAGGACGAGGACUUCAAGCCAAGCGCCCAGGCUCAGCGCGGUCGAGAGGGCCUGGCUUUCCUCGCGACCUGCCCCGGGAGGGGGCCAGGGUGCACCGGCGAGUCAGUGUGGAGCAGCGACAGUCUGGACGAGUCCAAAUCGUCCAGCUCAGAAGUCACGUUGCCAGACAUGUGUGACCUCUCGUCGGGCGACAGCGCAUCUGUGCGGUCCUCGUCCAAGGACUCGAGGCAGACGGUCCCACCGCUCACAGUCAGGCUGCACACACAGAGCGUCUCCAAGUGCGUUACCGAGGACGGAAGGACGGUGGCCGUGGGGGACAUCGUGUGGGGUAAGAUUCACGGUUUCCCCUGGUGGCCAGCGCGUGUGCUUGACCUCAGUCUUAGCCAGAAGGAGGACGGGGAGCCCUCCUGGCAAGAAGCCAAAGUCUCGUGGUUUGGUUCCCCAACGACAUCGUUCUUGUCAACUUCAAAACUCUCCCCGUUCUCGGAGUUUUUCAAACUGCGAUUUAACCGUAAGAAGAAGGGAAUGUACCGGAAGGCCAUCACGGAGGCCGCCAACGCCGCGCAGCACGUGGCCCCGGAAAUAAGGGAGCUCUUGACCCAGUUUGAGACCUAGGUCGGGCGACCAGGUCAUGGACGAUGAGAACACAGCUGGGCUGUUCUGGAACCUCCGACUUUGGGGUGCCCUCCACGUCCCCCAUUCCAUCGGAGGGACCCGCGUGCCUUCUGGCCAGCUGCGUGCAGAAACAUGCCCGGCCUAGGGGGUCCGCCUGCCUGCGGUUCCCCAGAGAGA